GAUGCAGUUUGCCAAGGGACUCUAGAAUUUAGAAAUGAUUUUUCACGAAAAUUUCCUUCCUACGACGCAACGUUGAAAUGGUCCGACGCCCAACGCCGACGGCAAAGCAAGGACAGCUACAAACGUUUGCCAGAAUCGCGCAGCACGGCAGGGGCCUUUGACCCAACCGUCGUCGGAUAGUGGCUCGGAGUUCCUCAGCAAGGGAAAUACAAGGCUCUAUCAUUAUGUUCUGUGCGAUCACCAGCAGUAAAAGCGUGAGGCUUCGGUGUCUCGUUCACGACCACACUCGCGAAAAUGCCUGGCAAAGCAGAAUCCUGAUAACGUCCCCCGAUCGCAUGCCUCCGCCUAUAUUUGGCCACUUCUAUCCGAAUUGUCUGUAUCCACCACUAUCCACCAACAUUGUUGCUCAGGAGACUAGUUCCUCACGCAGCGGAAUUACUCCUAAUGAAUCAACGCCUACCUCGAUCCAUUUACAACCAAUGUCGGUUCCUGGUGGCGGCCCAAUAGCAGCACGACGAUUCGCCAUCUACUGUCGUAAGGUUCCAUGCAGCAGGCAAGAAAAAAUAUCCGCUCAAAGUUGCACAAGUCGACCACUUCUUCAACCUCUAGACACAGCAGGACACCCAAUAGCGGCGGAGAUGUUCGCGCUCCUGAGCAUUCCAAAGGUCUAUCACAUAGAAAUGGUGAUCUACAUGCGCCUGUGUCCGGUCCCCGAAAACGUUCCGUCCCCUGGUCAAUAUAGGUCAAUAUCCAGACGGGAUGAUAGCUAUAAGCAGCUGUUGUCCCUCAGACAUCGGAUAAAACAGGAAACCCAGCAUUCCACAGAGGGAACGAUGCGUCGGAGACGUUCGUCAAUAUACCCCCUCCCCAAAAGAAGAAUAGCAGAACGAAAAUUGAUUAGGAGUGUCCGUUGUCAUUGCCACUUCAACAUUUUGGACAGAAAAUCUGUAAUUUCGUUGACGAUUACCUUAAGAGCAUCGUGCGAUGUCCGGGAGGUCAAGAUAGCUGCCUCGAAGCGUCUGCUUCAUCCAGUGGACUUACUCGAGGUCGAAGUUCAGUCGAUGUAUCGAAGGUCGCUCAAGGUUGUACGCCAGCGAGGAAUUUUGAACGAGAAGCAAAACUACGUCGGAGCAGAAACGACAACCAACAUCUGUGGAAAUCUAGAACGAUGCGGUUAAGUUCCAAGAUCACUUGGAUUCGCAGGCCAUGAAUCUACUCUUACAGUUGUUGUGGUGUGCUUGCCUGGAGGUCGGGAAGC